CUUGAUAUCGCUUGCACCUUUGACUUUUGAUCCAGAGAGAGCAUGUAACCGAGACUAACAGCAGGAGGAGGGAAAGAGUGGGUCUGAUACCGGCGCACGCGCAGUAUAUGGAGAACGCGUUCAAGAACUUCAAGCCAUUCAAGUUCGACAUGGAGGUGCGCGGCUCCUACAACAUCUCCAACUGCGUCGCCGACAACAUGAACUGCUGGGAGGCCGUCAAGCCGGACCUGAUCUGCCGCAGCUACACGCUGUACGGGUCGGUGUGCGACAUUUUGCUGGAGUACUGCCACGACCUCACCGGCGACCAAACCAAUUACUGGUACUCGAUGCAGGUGCAGGAGAGCUGGUGCAACUCGUGGGAAGCCUUCACCAAAUGAAAUAAACGCAUCACAAUCGGAAAUGCAGCUUUUAUUAUUAUUUCCUUACAUCGCCGAUGUCUUCCACGCUUUAGAUAAAAUUGUCAAAUUACAAUAAUCCGAACUGCCAGCAGAAAUACGUACAUUAAAUAUAAUAUAAUAUGUUAAGCGUUAUUACAAAAUAUACUAUAUACAGAUAGAUACAGUAGAUAUCAACUUCUGUCUGCGCGGCGCCGCUCGCUCGCCCGGGGCUCCGGCUCGGGGUUUCUCAAACAUUUUCCUCUCCAUUUACUCUCUCGAUACAAGCUCAGGAGCUCACUAUAAAUAUAUUAAACCUUCAUUAUAUUAAAAAAAACCUUUAUCUUAUUUAGUUAAAAACGGGCCAUUACAUGGACGUAUUAAAUAAAUAAAUAAAUAGUAAGUAGAUGAAUAAAAUAAAGUAUUGCACUGAAAAUUGGACGCGCUGUGAACUUAUUGCAUGGAUCAAUAAAGCUCCCGAAGGUUGUACCUCUACGACUAUAGCGAUUCCCAGACGCGCCCAGGUUUGAGAAACCCUGACACU